AUGUCUCUCGUGAAAACACUUUACGCUUUGGUCAUUGCAUCUGGUGCUUCUGCUUACUACCUCCAGGUAGAUGCUCCAGGAACUGAUGUGGAUAAGCUCUACGUGGCAGCUCACGAAGGAAUCCAGCACAAGGAUGGCCUGGAUACCUCACUUUUCAGUGCUUUCAGUUUCACCUCCGACCAGAGCAAAGCCUUUUCAAACUUCCACCAGGUUCAGGAGUACCAUUUCGGCCCGGCAAAUGCUCCCAUUGGUUUGGACUGGUACUUGAUUUCCACUGGUGGCGCUGCAAUCACGAUUGAAAAAGAUGAGGACGAUAACCUCGAGUCUUAUGUGAAAUUCUACGCUUGUCAGAACCCAGGCAGUCCUAGCGAGCUUGGAGGUGGCUAUGCGUGGUACGGAAGUGUGGAUCCAAGCUCAAUUCCUUCGUCUUCCAUCGACGAAAUCACGAGCCCAGGGAUUUCUCCAUCUCCAGAAAUCUCAACAUCUAUCGAUCCAAGUGUGUCUCCUUCUCCAGGCAUCUCGUCACCUAUUGAUGACAUCUCAUCACCUAUUGAUCCAAAUGUAUCUCCAUCGCCAGAAAUAUCACCACCUAUCGGUACGGACGUCUCUCCCUCUCCAGAAAUUCCUCCAAUCCUUUCAGAGAUCUUUUCUCCUUUGGAACCAGUUUCUCCAUCUCCUAUUGGUCCAGAAGUCUCUCCACUUCCAGAGAUUUCUUCGCCUGUGGUGGAACCAGGUGUUUCUCCCGUUGAACUGAUUGCUGCACCAGUUACUCCUGUAAGCAUCAUUGAUGAAUUUCCUGCCAUCACCUCAGAUCCAUCUAUUGAGAAUCUGGUAGUUUUGGACAAGAGAGACUUCCUCAAACCAUUGACGAGUUCCGCCCCAUACCCUGUGGACUUUGCUACAUGUGUUCCUAUCGUGUUGAAGGCAGUCACCAACGCUACUUGUGAGAACUGUACCAGCCCAGCGGUCAGCCCACCAUCAUGUACUGGAACCGCAUGUUGCCGUACCAUCUGUACCACUUCAUGUGUUGCUUCUGGAACGGGAUGUGCUGCCCCUGUCUGCUCCACGCUCUGCCCUGAAAACCCUAAUCCAGUUCAACCCCCUUCCGUUACUCCAGAUAAGCCAUGUCCUACUUGCACUCCUAUUCCUUGUUCUAAGUGUCAGGAUCCAAAUGUCUGGGAGAUUCCAGGCUGUCCUACCUGCGUGAGAACCGUCACCAACUUCGUCUACACCUGUCCUUCACUGACCACAAUCACUGUUCAGACAUGUCCUACAGUGAACAAGUGUGGAACCAAGGUAAUCACUGCACCUCCAGGUCAAUUGACCAUCAGUGGUUUGGCUAUCAUCGAAGCUAAGGAAGCUUACACGACUACAUUGCUGACAUCGAAGCCAACUGCAACAGGUACAGGAAAAUCGACCUCGAAGGCUCUGGGGACUGGCUCUUCUCUGACUGGGGGAAGUGGAGGGUCCACUCCGCUCGUCAACUUGCUUGUUGGAAUUCUUUCUGCUCUCUCAUUCAUGUGGUGA